AUGACCGGUUCUCACAGAUCAUCUUCAAAGCAGCCUGUGUCAUUAGAACCUCCUCCAGUAGAACGUGAAAACGAAGUAGACCCAAUAACCUCAUUAUUGACUAUCGAGAAUUUCAACCCGGCUUUGGAGACAAAGGUAUUGAUUCAUGGCUGGAUGUCAGGAGGAAAUUCGUCUUUUGCAGUUGACAUCAGAAACUCUUAUCUGGAAAGCAGAGAUUGUAAUAUUAUUGUUGUGGAUUGGGCACCACUCAGUUCAAACUUAUUUUAUCCGAUACCAAUGCAGGAUACAAGAAUUGUUGGCGGAAAACUAGCCCGUCUGCUUGAUUAUUUGGUGAAGCACCACGGAGCUGAUUUGAAUCGAGUCCACCUGGUGGGUCACAGUCUCGGUGCCCAUGCAGCCGGAUAUGCUGGUUCUCUUGUCACCACUGGCAAGCUUGCAAGAAUUACUGGCUUAGACCCUGCGCUACCCGGCUUUCGAUUGCUUUCAUCCCCCGAUCGAAGGCUGGACCUCACAGAUGCUGAAUUUGUUGACGUGAUACACACUUGCGGUGGUGUCCUUGGUUAUUGGGACCCUAUAGGCCACGCUGAUUUCUACCCCAACGGCGGCGCACCUAGUCAGCCGGGUUGCUGUUGCGGUUACCCAGAAAUCGUCGAGGCUUGCAGUCACGGCAGAGCUCAUGAAUUCUUUGCUGAAUCCGUCAUAUCGCGAGAGUUUUUGGCUCGACGAUGUGUCGACUGGCGCGCCUUUAUAACAGGGAAAUGCGAAACCGGCGAAGAAGUAGUCAUGGGAGACAGGCUGGACAAAAGCGCGCGAGGCGCUUUUUACCUCGUUACAGCCGCAAAGAAACCUUACGCUAUGGGUGAAAAUUCUUCGAAAUUCAAGCCGUUUACAGAAUCUUUUAUCAGCUGUACAAAAAAUGAUUCUAUGGAAAAGUUUUGUAAUGCAUGUAUUGGAGCAACAGCGGAACAAGCAAGACAAUGGGGUGAGGAUUAUUUCACUAUAGCAGACAAACUAGAUAAGAUCAAAUUUGAAGUAAUGGACAGAUUAAAAAUAUUGUAUAGAGCAGAUUGUCCGUUCAGUGUUGUGAACCAUGGAGAUUUGUGGGUCAACAAUAUGAUGUUUAAAUAUGACGAAGGCCAGAUUGAAGAUGUAAUAUUGAAUAUAACAUAUUGUGACGAGUUAGUGGUGAUGCCGCCUUCUUGGAGAUUGCAAUGA